UGGCAGUAAUGUGCAACAUGACAACCAACUGAAACACCAACGAAGAAGACGUCAACGACUGGUCGUGUUUGAACCACACCGAUGGAAACGCGGUUCGUGGGAAAGUAGUGAAAAGUAUUUAUUCCUGUCCAGGUGAAAGCUCCAGGUGGGAUCCGAGUGGACUGUACUUAGGAAGAAAUCAACAUAAGGUCGUACAUGGCUGCUCCAACAUUACAACAGCCCAGCUUCCUGCUGGCCAAUCUUAAAGCUGAUUCCACCACGAAACCUUUCCUCCAGCGAUGCCAAGAUCUGGUGAAGAUCAUCGAUGAUUAUCCUGCAAAGGAGCUGCACGUGAUUUUCCCCUGGCUGGUGGAGACGGUGUUCGGCAGUCUGGACGGCGUCAUCGCCGGCUGGAACCUGCGACUCCUGCAUUCCCGAUGCAACGAGUACAACGUCGUCCUGGGGUUUCUAAACCCGAGUGGGCCGAUGAUGAAGCUCGUGUAUAAACUCCAAGCAGAAGAGUACAAAUACGAGAUUCCUGUCAAUCAUCUCCCGGGUCCAGUGAAGGCCUGCAUCCAGCAGGGCGUCCUGCCCGACUGUCCGCUGUUCCACAACAAGCUGCAGUUCCCCCCGUCCGGGCUGCUCACCCUGAACCUCGCUCUCAAUCCGUUUGAAUUCUUCAUGUUCAACUUUGCGUACUGCCUCGUCACACCCAAGAACUACCCCCAGGGCCAACAGGGGAGCUCCGCUGACAGUGCUUACUUUGUGCUGGUGGACACUUACCUCAAGUACUUCCUCCCCAGCGAAGGAAGCGUUCCCCCGUCUCCCUUCUCCGACUCCAGAGGCUCCGUCACGGCACCGUCACCGAGAUCUUCCAGUGUCUCCUUCGCUGGUUACGGCGUCCACAGCCCGAGCCUCCUGAAGCAUCACAUAUUCCACCAGCCGUCGGUCACGGCGGACCCUGCGGCGCAGGAGAUCUGGAGGUCCGAAACACUGUUACAGAUGUUUGUGGAGAUCUGGCUCCAUCACUACUCUCUAGAGAUGUACCAGAAGCUGCAGUCUCCUCAGGUGAAGCUGGCGCUGCUGCAGUACCGCCUCAGUAUGUCCAGCACGCCGUGCCAACCCUACGCCCCACCAGGCUCUGGGACCCUCCACACCUACCAAGAACCCUUUAGCCCGACGGAGGAGCACGUGCUGGUGGUGCGUCUCAUGGUGAAACACCUGCACGCCUUCUCCAACAGCCUGAAGCCCGAGCAUCUGUCCUCCUCGCCCUCGGCGCACUCACACACUCACACCAGCCCGCUGGAGGAGUUCAAGAGAGUGGUGGUGCAGCGCUUUGUGCAACAGAAGCUCUACCUGUUUCUGCAGCAUUGCUUCGGUCACUGGCCUCUCGACGCCUCAUUCAGAGCGGUGCUGGAGACGUGGCUGAGCUACGUCCAGCCGUGGAGAUACACGGGCGAGAAGACAAAUCCUCAGCCGGACCAGAACAGAACUGUCCCCGACAAAUGGGAGUCGUUCGUUCAGGAGAACCUGCUCAUGUACACAAAGCUCUUCCAGGUGCUGCUGAACAGAGCCGUGCGGACGGAUCUGGUUAAUGCCAGGAACGCACUGAUGGUCUUCAGAGUGGCCAAAGUGUUCGCUCAGCCCAACCUGGCUGAGAUGAUCCAGAGAGGAGAGCAGCUGUUUCUGGAGCCGGAGCACGUCCUCCACCACCGCCAGUCCCGGGGUUACCUGACGCCAAAUCAAGGCGGAAGCUUCCUGUCAUCGCGGCAGCGCGUGGUGACGGACAUGGUGUUCCGGGUGAAGAGCCACGUCUAUGCUCUGGAAGGACAGGACUGCCAGUACAAGCAGAUGUUUGGCUCGGAGCUCAGAGGAGCAGUCAUGAAGUUAAUCCAAAUAAUCGCACAAGCCAGACAGACGGCCAAGAGGAUAUCGGAUCACUCCAGCGAGAUGGCGUCCAACAACUCGUUCCUGUCCUGGUUCGGGAUGGGCCCGUCGGAUCUCGGCAACGGCUUCUGCGGCGUGGAGCCCGAGGAUAGCGGGGAAUGUUUGAGGAAGACCCACGAGAACCUCGACAGAGCUCUGGAGAACUUGUGUCAAAUCUUCAAGCUCAACCAAGGGCAGCUGACUCAGCUUAUCUCCAACCUGGGAUCUUCUCAGGAUGAUGGCAACUGCAAGCAGCUGCCGGACUGCAUCCAGGGAGACAACGGCCUCAUCCUGACGGACCUGGGCCGGAGGCAGAUGAUAAGUGGUCUGCGCAGGUUUGAUAUUCAGUAUCAAGGAGACCCGGAGCUGCAGCCCAUCAGGAGCUACGAGAGCGCCCUGCUGGUCAGGCUCUUCUACAGGAUCUCUUCUCUGGUUAACGACAGGUUUGGAGGACACAUGAACGCUCUCUGCUCUCGUCCAGACUUCCUGGGUCGCCUCGGUCGCCACUACUUGGCCGAACCCGAUUCUGCCGCCAAACUGCGGCAGAGCCCGUUGUCCCGGCGGACGUCGGAGAAGAACCGGCAGCCGAGGCUGAGCCUGCGCCCGCUGGCCAGCUACAGGAUGAUUCUGCUGCUGCUGCUCUUCUACGGGCUCGGGGCCCUCCUGUCGCUCAGCCCCGUGUCCAGCACGCUGCUCGUCCUCACGGGGGGCUUCCUGUACGGACUUGUGAUGACGCUGUUUGGUGACAAACUGAAAACGCACUAGCCAAGCCGGC